AAUAUUGUCAUAUUUUUAUUUCAUGCUCUAUGUUCCUAUUUUUCUGGUGAACAGCCAUGGGGUUUUGGACACUGAGUGCUCUCCUAAGCAUUGUCUCCCUCUGUUCCAUUAGAGGAACUGAGUCAGCCCACCAGGCUCAUGGGGAAUCGGACUGCAACGGUGACGGAGUUUAUCUUGCUGGGAUUUGCCCUCAGCAGGGAGGUGGAGUUGCUGCUCCUGGUGCUCCUGCUGCCCACAUUCCUGCUGACUCUGCUGGGGAACCUGCUCAUCAUCUCCAUCAUGCUGUCCUACUCCCGCCUCCACACCCCCAUGUACUUCUUCCUCUGCAACCUCUCUGUCCUGGACAUCCUCUUCACCUCAGUCAUUUCUCCCAAAGUGUUGGCCAACUUAGGAUCAGGGGAUAAAACCAUCUCCUUUGCCGGGUGUAUCACCCAGUGCUAUUUCUACUUCUUCCUGGGCACAGUUGAGUUUCUCCUGCUAACAGUCAUGUCCUAUGAUCGCUAUGCCGCCAUCUGCUACCCACUGCGCUACACUGCCAUCAUGAGACCUCCUGUCUGCAUCGGGACCGUUGUGUUCUCUUGGGCAGGAGGCUUCCUCUCUGUGCUCUUUCCAACCAUCCUCAUCUCUCGGCUGCCCUUCUGUGGCUCCAAUGUCAUUAACCACUACUUCUGUGACAGUGGGCCCUUGCUGGCCCUGGCCUGUGCAGACACCACUGCCAUUGAGCUGAUGGAUUUUAUGCUUUCAUCUGUGGUCAUCCUCUGCUGCAUAGUCCUUGUGGCCUAUUCCUACACAUACAUCAUCUUGACAAUAGUGCGCAUCCCUUCUGCAAGUGGAAGGAAGAAGGCCUUUAACACCUGUGCUUCCCACCUGACCAUUGUCAUCAUUUCUAGCGGCAUCACUGUGUUCAUCUAUGUGACUCCCUCCCAGAAAGAAUAUCUGGAGAUCAACAAGAUCCCUUCAGUGCUAAGCAGUGUGGUGACUCCAUUCCUCAACCCCUUUGUAUACACUCUGAGGAAUGACACAGUGCUGGGGGUGCUCAGGGGUGUGAGGGUCAGGGUUCAAGGAGUUUUAGAAAAGAGGAUGAGGAUGGUGCUGAGAAGUAGAUUGUCCUCCAACAAAGAGCACUGAGGAAGGGCUUCCUCUUUGCCACCAUGUGCCUAUUUUAGAAAGCCUUGGUAUUAGAAACAGAGGAGCUGCCUUAGCAAGAGAGAGAGUUAGCUAGGGAAUCCUGCAUAGUCCAUAGUGGA